AUGUAUCUUUACAGCCUCACUCUUCAGCGAGCGACGGGCAUAGUCUGUGCCAUCAAUGGCAAUUUCUCCGGCGGAAAGGCCCAAGAGAUUGUCGUCGCCAGAGGCAAAGUUCUCGACCUUAUUCGACCCGACGAAAAUGGUAAGAUCCAGACUCUACUCUCUGUUGAAAUUUUCGGCGUCAUUAGGUCUUUAGCUCAGUUUAGGCUCACUGGUUCUCAGAAAGACUAUAUUGUUGUUGGGUCGGAUUCGGGUCGAAUAGUAAUUCUUGAGUAUAACAAGGAAAAGAAUGUCUUUGAUAAAGUCCACCAAGAAACUUUCGGUAAGUCGGGUUGUCGCCGGAUAGUUCCGGGCCAGUAUUUGGCCAUUGACCCCAAGGGGAGGGCUGUUAUGGUUGGGGCCUGUGAAAAGCAGAAACUCGUUUACGUUUUGAAUAGGGAUACAUCUGCAAGGUUAACUAUAUCAUCCCCCUUGGAGGCCCACAAGUCGCAUACGAUAGUGUAUUCGAUUUGUGGGGUUGAUUGUGGGUUUGAUAACCCCAUAUUUGCUGCCAUUGAGUUAGAUUAUUCGGAAGCCGAUCAGGACUCUACUGGGCAGGCGGCAAACGAGGCACAGAAGCAUUUGACUUUCUACGAGCUCGACCUUGGGCUUAACCAUGUCUCUAGGAAGUGGUCGGAUCAGGUUGAUAAUGGUGCAAAUUUACUGGUCACAGUUCCUGGAGGUGGGGAUGGGCCAAGUGGUGUAUUGGUCUGUGCGGAAAAUUUUGUGAUUUACAAGAAUCAGGAUAAACCGGAUCUUAGGGCCGUGAUUCCUAGGCGUGCAGAUUUGCCGGCUGAGCGUGGGGUUCUUAUAGUUUCAGCAGCUAUGCACAAGCAGAAGUCAAUGUUCUUUUUCCUUUUGCAGACAGAGUAUGGGGAUAUAUUUAAGGUUACUCUGGACCAUGAUAAUGACAAGGUCUCAGAAUUGAAGAUCAAAUAUUUUGAUACAAUUCCGGUUACAACUUCAAUGUGUGUGUUAAAAUCUGGGUUUUUGUUUGCUGCGUCAGAGUUUGGGAAUCACUCUUUGUACCAGUUCCGAGCAAUAGGCGAAGAUCCUGAUGUGGAGUCUUCCUCAGCUACAUUGAUGGAAACUGAAGAAGGUUUCCAACCUUUGUUUUUCCAGCCUAGAAGACUUAAGAACCUUGUUAGGAUUGAUCAGGUUGAGAGCUUAAUGCCGAUAAUGGAUAUGAAGGUCAAUAAUCUCUUUGAGGAAGAAACACCUCAAAUAUUUACACUUUGUGGGCGGGGCCCUCGUUCAUCCCUCAGGAUUCUAAGGCCCGGUUUAGCUAUCAGUGAGAUGGCUGUGUCAGAGCUUCCAGGUGUACCGAGUGCAGUCUGGACAGUGAAAAAGAAUGUAUCUGAUGAGUUUGACGCAUACAUUGUGGUGUCAUUUGCAAAUGCUACCCUUGUGCUUUCAAUUGGUGAGACAGUGGAAGAAGUUAGUGACAGUGGGUUUCUUGACACUACCCCAUCACUUGCAGUUUCUUUGAUAGGUGAUGAUUCUCUCAUGCAAGUUCACCCAAAUGGAAUUAGGCAUAUUAGGGAAGAUGGACGUAUUAAUGAAUGGAGAACUCCUGGAAAGAGAACGAUCGUCAAGGUUGGCUCUAACAGACUUCAAGUGGUUAUUGCUCUGAGCGGUGGAGAACUUAUAUAUUUUGAAGUUGAUAUGACGGGUCAAUUGAUGGAGGUGGAGAAGCAUGAAAUGUCUGGUGAUGUAGCUUGUCUGGACAUUGCCCCUGUACCUGAAGGGAGACAGAGAUCUCGUUUCCUUGCAGUUGGUUCAUAUGACAACACUAUUCGUAUUUUGUCAUUGGAUCCUGAUGACUGUAUGCAGAUUCUGAGUGUGCAAAGUGUUUCUUCAAUUCCAGAAUCUCUCCUAUUUCUUGAGGUUCAGGCAUCAAUUGGUGGGGAGGAUGGUGCUGACCAUCCUGCCAGCCUUUUCCUUAAUGCUGGUUUACGUACUGGGAUUCUGUUCAGGACAGUAGUAGAUAUGGUGACAGGUCAGCUUUCUGAUUCCCGUUCACGAUUCUUAGGACUAAGAGCUCCGAAGCUAUUUUCUGUUAGUGUGAGAGGCAAGCAUGCUAUGCUUUGUUUGUCAAGUCGGCCCUGGCUCGGUUAUAUUCAUCAAGGACAUUUUCUGUUAACACCCCUAUCUUAUGAGACACUUGAAUAUGCUGCCUCAUUUUCAUCUGAUCAAUGUGCGGAAGGUGUAGUUGCUGUUGCUGGAAAUGCUUUGAGGGUUUUUACUAUUGAAAGGUUGGGAGAAACCUUUAAUGAAACUGUGGUUCCACUGAGGUACACUCCCAGAAAGUUUGUUGUUCAACUCAAACGAAAGCUUUUAGUAAUUAUUGAAAGUGAUCAAGGAGCAUUCACAGCAGAAGAGCGUGAAGCUGCAAAAAAGGAGUGCUUUGAGGCUGCAGGAAUUGGUGAAAAUGGAAAUGGUAAUGUUGAUCAGAUGGAAAAUGGUGGUGAUAAUGAGGAAGAUCCCCUCUCCGAUGAGCACUAUGGCUAUCCUAAGGCAGAGUCUGAGAAAUGGGUUUCUUGCAUUAGAGUUCUUGACCCCAAGACAGCAACUACAACUUGUCUGCUGGAGCUUCAGGAUAACGAAGCUGCAUUCAGUAUAUGCACAGUGAAUUUCCAUGAUAAGGAGUAUGGUACGCUUUUAGCUGUUGGUACAGCAAAGGGACUGCAGUUUUGGCCCAAAAGAAGUGUAACGGCAGGGUAUAUUCAUAUCUAUAGAUUUCUAGAUGAUGGAAAGUCCCUUGAACUUUUGCACAAGACACAAGUGGAUGGUGUUCCUCUUGCUUUAUGCCAGUUUCAGGGAAGAUUACUAGCAGGCAUAGGACCAGUGCUCAGACUGUAUGAUUUGGGGAAAAAAAGAUUGCUUAGAAAAUGUGAGAAUAAGCUGUUUCCCAACUCCAUAUUAUCUAUUCAAACCUAUCGUGAUAGGAUUUACGUAGGUGACAUUCAAGAGUCAUUUCACUACUGCAAGUACAGACGGGAUGAGAAUCAGUUGUAUAUCUUUGCUGAUGAUUGUGUUCCAAGAUGGCUUACAGCGUCAUAUCAUAUAGAUUUUGACACCAUGGCAGGUGCAGACAAGUUUGGAAAUGUCUAUUUUGUGCGGUUACCACAGGAUGUUUCAGAUGAGAUAGAAGAGGAUCCAACAGGUGGGAGGAUAAAAUGGGAGCAGGGGAAGUUGAAUGGCGCUCCCAACAAAGUAGAGGAGAUAGUGCAGUUUCAUGUUGGUGAUGUGGUCAGCUGUGUGCAGAAGGCAUCUCUAAUUCCAGGUGGUGGGGAAUGCAUCAUCUAUGGGACAGUGAUGGGUAGCUUGGGUGCAUUGCUUGCAUUCACCUCUCGUGAUGAUGUUGACUUCUUUUCUCACCUGGAGAUGUAUAUGAGGCAGGAGCAUCCACCCUUGUGUGGUAGAGAUCACAUGGCUUAUAGAUCAGCUUAUUUUCCGGUUAAGGAUGUGAUUGAUGGAGAUCUGUGCGAGCAGUUCCCAACAUUGCCUAUGGAUCUGCAGAGAAAAAUUGCGGAUGAGUUGGAUAGAACUCCUGGAGAGAUACUGAAGAAACUUGAGGAAAUUCGAAAUAAGAUCAUUUAA